CAUAACCACAGAUGAAAUAAGGAUGCUUGUGACUCUUUUCUUCUGUUUAAAUCAAGUGAUUCCCAAUCCUGCUUCCACAUAAAAGCUCCUCCUGCUCAUGCACAAUUAAUGGACAUUUUCUCAUCAGUAUCUAGUAAUACUGUGGAGGCCUUUUUUACACAAAUUUAUAGUUAAAUUAUUCAGAUGUCUCUGCACUCUGCUUUUUAUGAUAAUAUGCAUCACUGCUGUUUUAAUAUAAACCGAUACACAAUUCACAAUAUAUUUCUUCUUUGUCCUGAGGUCCUCUUUGUUGACAGAAUUUGUCUUCUGGCUUUUGUCUUCAAUUAUCAUGACUACCUCUAUUACCUUCAGGAAACAUAAAAGGAAGAAAAUGUUUUGAUUGACAAGCAAACCUACACACCAGUAUGUAGCUGUAUGAAUUAAUGCACACUUAUGCAUGCACACACAGAUAAACACUAUCUAUCUAAUAGUAGCUAACCAUUGUGACUAGCUGCAAAUAAAAUAUACAUAAAUAACACACAUACACACACAGUUCAUACAGUAAUGUAUUCUAACCUAAAGUUAGCUUUGUUAGCUAUUCAUUUGUUGAUACAUGAUAUAAUUAGAUGUACUCUUUCACAUGGAUGAAACGUAGUCAUGGAUGAAAUGCAUACAAACACAAUUCUUUGGUAAAUAAAGAUUAUUAUUACAAGUGGUCUAUGUAAAAUACCAUUCUAAAUGUGUGACACUUAUGAUAUAGCCCAGUUGCUAAGAAUCAGUUGUUCCCAUGAAAUUAUAUAGGAAUUGGAAGCUUGGUGUAGCACGAUAAUAAAAAAAUAUUUUGUAACAUGUAAAAAGGUAAAUUAAAAAAUUUGGUGGCAUGAUAUUAAUAACAUGUUUCUGAGGAAUACUUGAAAUAUGAAAUAAUAAAAAAUUAUAUUAUGAAGAUAUUGCAAGAAAAGAGCAUACUGUAUUUAAAAUCCUUUAAUUUACCUCAAAAUGACCAGUUUGCUUUAUAAUCUGGUGCGUCUUGUGUAUUAAUUCUACCAGUCAGCGCUAGCCCUUCAAUGUCCUGGAGCAGCAUUAGCAUUACCUAGUAACUGCGCUAAACAUUAGUUCUUUCGCCAUUUAGAGGUAAGUAUAAUCAGCCUGUAGCCUGCUGCUAACUCCGGCUAGCACUGCUGGAGCAGCAUUAACAUUACCCAGUAACUGCGCUAAACGUUAGUUCUUUCGCCAUUCAGAGGUGAGUAUAUCAGCCUGUAGCCUGCGUGUUUACCAUGUUAAAAGAAGCUGCAUGGGACGAAUCGCCAGCUAAUAUAGGCCUGGCUUACCGAAACAUUUAGGGUUCCUCAGUGUAGCGCUGUCGGGCAACAUAGUGCUAGCAGUUAGUCACUAAUGCUUCAGCCUUUGUGGAACUUUGGAAAUCUAAGCUUACUGUAAAAAAACAGAAGCACUCACCCAAAUAAACAGUUUUCAGGAGAGAAAUUUGUGUAGAUUAACAUCUAGCGCUUGUUUGACUUUAUAAGAUUUUAAAAAUAAUUAGUUAAACAGUUUUGUUUACUUAGCUUAGCUUUACUUAACUUAGUUACCCUAACUCAGUAUAGCCUGUUGCUGAAGGCACACAAUCAUGUUUGUCUAUUAUGUUUAAACAUUACAGAUUUCUGUAAAAGAAUUAACAUUUAAACACCAACUGUGUUCAGGGACAUCCAGCCCCAAAAUGUAUCAAUCCAGUGACAAACUGUAACAAUAAUUAAUCAGUCCCUAAAGACCUUAGACCUCACCAACAGACUCUAAACAUUCUCAUCAUGAGGAGAAGAGUUGAUACAACUGUUGCCUCUGGAAAGACUGAGAGGAAUCUGGUAGAGGACAAAGCUGUGGAAGUGCGAGCAAGGUCUUCAUGGAGAGUGUGGGUAAAAUGGAUGUUCCUGGUGCUCUGUGUUCUGUAUACAGCCUCACGGGUUAUACCACGCCUCUUUCCUGCGUUUGUACAGCACAUGGUUUAUUCACAUGCUAUAUUGUGGUUCGUUGACCUGAGUCGUCCGGCUGACCUCGCUCUUAAUCACACCAUUAAUAUGUACCUGAGCUCUGAAGAGGGGAUAACACUGGGCGUGUGGCACACUGUGCCUGAGCACAAGUGGAAGGAGGCGCAGGGGAAGGAUCUGGAGUGGUAUGAGAAGUCUUUGGGUGAUGGGUCGCCUGUUUUCAUCUAUCUACAUGCAAAUAGAUAUAACAGAGCUGCCCCCCAUCGGAUAGGAGUUGCCAAUCUCCUCAGUUCUCUGGGUUAUCAUGCUGUGGCUAUGGACUACAGAGGAUUUGGAGACUCCACUGGUGAGCCCACAGAAAAAGGACUGCUUACUGACUCCCUCUACCUGUACCACUGGGUAAAGGCCCGCAGUGAACACAGUCUGGUGAUCAUGUGGGGACACUCAAUAGGUACACUUGUCACAACUAACACUGCAAUGAAACUACAGGAGCAAGGAAACCCUGUUGAUGCGGUGAUAAUUGAAGGUUCAUUUACUGAUUCCAUACGCAAGAGACCUGGCCAUCCUUUUGAUUGGUUCUACUGGAGGUUUCCCUACAUUCAGUACUAUAUCCUGGGCCCCAAAGAAAGCAAGCGUUCAGCCUCAAAUGAAGAUAAUUUGAAGAAAAUGAAAACUCCUCUUUUAAUGCUUCAUGCUGAAGAUGAUAAGGGGACUCCAUUUACAAUGGCUCAAGAGCUUUACAGCGCAGCCAGAAGUGCCCCGAAUUCAAAAGACAGAGUCAAGCUUGUGUCGUUUGAUGGAUCUCUUGGAUAUGGUCAUAGUGGACUCUACAGGGACCCUGCAUUGCCUGGUAUUUUAAGGGAGUUCGUGAAGUCACUGACAGACCAUUGACACUGAUGAAAAAAGGAUGUUUGUGACCAGGUUUUGAUCUUCACAUAUUGAAAUCCACUGGUUCUUAGUUCUAGUUCUUUAAUAGCUCUUCUUGCUCACAUACCUGAUGCUGUAAAGAGGCUGUACUUAAUGCAGGUUUAUCUAGUUGCACUGAAGGGAGCUGCUAGCUGUUCUUAAAAAUAGCUAAAUUAAACAUUUGUUUUAUAUUUGUUUUAUACUCCUUCCAUGUUUUAGACUUAAUUGAAAAUAAAUUAAUAACAAACAUUAGUUUGCAUACUUGAUAGCUCUAAAUGGUUCUGUUUGAUACAGCUACAGAUGAAAAUUAUGAAUACACCUGUUUUUAUUUAGUUGUUAAAAAAUCUAAAUCAUAAUUGAGAAUUGCUAUUAUAUUUGAAGAAAAUUUAGGUUUUUGUUACAGUAUUAACAAGCCCUUGUAACUACAAACUAUAUCAGCUAAGUUCACUUGUCUUUUGUUAGCGCUUAAUAAUGGGCUAAUAUUGAAUAAAGCUUUUAUUACAUUACAAA